AAAAGGCCUCCUAAGAAGUGUAACAAUAUCAGAUUUUAGUUUUAGGUAUCGUUAUUCUUCCAAAAAUAUGUAUUGUAUUGUUCGUUUUCUUAGUUGCAAUGAGGCUUCUCUCUAAAUAUUUCUUUGAUAGGUAUUUCGACUGGAUUGUGGCGAUGAUCGUGAGACCACAAUGAAAUGGUUAUUUUUAAAUGUAAUAUUACACUUUUAAUUCAAAAUUGGGGGCAAACAGAUGAAACAGAGGCACAUAUUAAAUGUAUCACUCAUUUUUCACCUGAUCUUUUAUCAUUACCAAAAUCAACAUUACAUUCAUACGUUUAUAUAGGUAGGUACACACAAAAGUUAAUAUCUCUCAGUUAUCAUAAUUAACUGGCGUUUACUCAGUUUUUAGUGGUUGAAGAUAAAUCUAGUGUCAUUUGUUAUUAAGUACUAGACUAGUUCCGUGAAAUACUUAGGAUGUCUUUGUGAUACUGUAUAAAAAGUCAAGUCUUGUAAAAUAAUGAUGUUCAGCGUUCAGUCAUAUGUAACUGUUACACGACAAUGUCGGUGAACAAGGUAGCAGUUGUUACUGGAGCAAAUAAAGGACUUGGAUUUUGCAUUGUCAAAAAACUUUGUGAGAAAUAUUCCGGGAAGGUUUACUUAACUUCAAGAGAUGAGCAAAGAGGAGGAAAAGCGUGUGAUGAAUUGAAUAAAUUAGGACUGAAUCCAUUCUUUCAUCAAUUAGACGUCAGUGAUAAGAAAAGCGUAAACAAUUUCGUGAAACACAUUCGUGAGGAAAAUGAAGAAGUUGAAAUAUUGAUUAACAAUGCUGGAAUUCUAUUUUUGAAAGACGCGCCGGAACCAAAGAGUUUUCAAGCUGAACAAACUAUUUUUGUAAACUUCACCGCAUUGGUCGAUUUCACGGAAGCCAUCCUGCCAUUUAUGAAAAAUGGCGGGAGAAUUGUGAAUAUUAGCAGUUCUUCUGGCCACUUGUGUAGAGUACCUUCCGGAGACAUAAGGAGCAAAUUUCAGUCAGAAAUGUUAACUUUAGAGGAAUUGAAGACUUUGGUCAGUAGUUAUGUUGAGGAUGUCAAACAGGAUGAAGAAAUCAAUAAAGGAUGGGGUGACUCUCCAUACGUAGUUUCAAAAGUUGCAGUCAAUGCUUACACUUUUAUGUUACAGCGUAGAUUAGCUCCAAAAGGUAUAACUGUGAACUGCGUUCAUCCAGGAUAUGUGAUGUCUGACAUGACGCGCGGUGGCGGGUCAAUCACCCCGGACGACGCGGCCAACGUGCCAGUGCGACUGGCCUUGACACCGUGGGGCGCCGGCCUAUAUGUCUGGCACAACGGUACCGUAGUGCCAUGGGACGGGCCAGACCCUCGCGGUUAUAUUGAUGGAAGAAAAGUAUAGUCAACAUUUCGUAUGAAAAUACUUUCUCUAUAUUUACUGUACAGUUCAAGACACCUGUGGAUGCGUCGCUAUUAAAAAUGUUAGAGUGUCUUAUUUUUAUCGAACACCUGUUACUUGCCAUUAUUUUUAUCCAAUGCAUCUCUUCAGUGCCUUGUUUGUGAUAAAAGAUAAGGAUUGUCAUUAAAAGAAUGAAUGUAUAA